UAGNUGAGAAAACUAAUUAGGUUUUAAGACAAAGUGAAGAUAAGAAUUUUCCCACUACAACCAAUAAAGUAAAAAUGUCAGGAAGCAGGCCUAUGUGUGAUAUUACUCCACAGGUUAAAGAAACCAUCAAGAACUUUCGCUUUAGGAAAGGGGAUGAUACCUCAGCAAUUAUAUUGAAAAUUGACCGUAAAAAACAAGAAAUAUUAGUAGAUGAAAUAUUUGAAGGUACUAGUAUAGAAGAAUUGAGAGAAACUCUUCAAGAGCAUCAACCCCGUUAUAUAAUUCUUUCAUAUAAACAAGUGCAUGAUGAUGGUCGUAUUUCAUAUCCUUUGGUAUUUAUUUACUAUACACCUCGAGACAGUCACAGGGAAUUACAAAUGAUGUAUGCAGGAUCAAAAACUGCUUUACAAACUGAAGCAGAUAUUUCAAGAUCAUAUGAAAUUAGAGAAUUGGAUGAACUAACACAAGAUUGGCUUCAUGAAAAACUAAAUAGAAAAUAAAAAGACAAUUAAGCAUUACCACUCUUAGCAAUACAUUUAACAGCAACUACAAAAAUAUUUGAACGUUCAUUUGAAAAAA